AUGACUAAGGAAAGGAUGGAGCUGCACGAGAAUCGUGCUAAAAAACAAUUGUAUCGCAGAUUUUGGCGUAGCAUACCAGAACGCAUAUCCAAGGGAACAGAACAUUUUUUCUAUCGGCUGGGAAUGCAUAUUUCUCAAAAUCCAUUCAAGUGGUUAUUAGGAUGUUUUAUCAUAAUGUUAUUCUGUCUCUCAGGAUUGUUUCGCUUCCGACAGGAAAAGAAUCCUGUGAAGCUUUGGUCUCCGCCAGAUUCUAGUUUCGCGUUAGAUACUGACUGGAUAAUGUCACAUUUUGAGAACGGUUUACGAAUUCAAACAUUUAUUUUGACUGGUAACAAUGUCUUAGAACAGCAAACACUCAUUAGGUUAAAUGAAAUAACUAAACAAAUAAUCUCUACUCAAGCACCAAUUGAGAACAUUUCUUGGAGAGAUAUUUGUAUGAAGAUUCCUUCUAUUGCUGGCUAUACACAUAGAAGAAAGAGACAAAACUCUCUCUCAGAAGACGAUUUUUUUGAAGAUGAUCUCACUUUGAAAGUUAAUCAAACAUUAUUUGAACCCGCUAUUCAUACUGAUACUAAAUUAUAUUGCGACAUACUUGAGAGCUUGCCUAUGGCUUGUCUUAUGUUCAGUAUUUUAGAUAUAUGGAAUUUUGAUAGUGCCAAGAUUAAAAAAGAUUCCACAGAAGAAAUUAUCACAAAGAUAAAUACAGUAAAAGUCAGUCCCACAUUGGGCCAUUCCAUGAAUUUUAGUGAACUUCUGGGAGGUGUAACUUUAGAUGAAAAAGGUAGAAUUAUUGCUGCAACAGCUAUAAAGACGGAGUUGAUGGUUCAGAUCAAGUUUCUCAAUGUGGACAUGGAUAAAAGUGGAAACACCGCGGGAACUGCUGAUUGGGCAACAUAUGACGUACUGACUUGGGAAUCAGCUUUUUUGGAACUUGCUACAAAAAUUGUAAACGAAUUGCAAAGUGAAAAAAAUAAUAAUGACCUGUUGACAUUUUAUUACGAAGCAGGCAGAAGCUAUGGGGAUCUUAGUGGGACAGCUAUGUUUCAAGAUAUAGAUAAAUUGAUUAUAGGAGUUGCAUUAAUGUUUUUGUUCGUUUUGGCGAUACUGUCGAAUCAUAAUUGGGUGGAAUGGCGGUUUUGUCUUACUAGUGUUGGGCUUUUCUGUGUGGGCAUAGCAUUUAUGCUUGCGGUGGGAAUAUGCUCUCUAAUUGGCAUCCCGUAUGGACCAAUACAUACGUCUUUGCCAUUUUUACUCUUGGGUCUCGGAGUAGAUGAUAUUUUUGUAUUUAAUGCAUUUUGGAUACAGAUACAUACUGACGAAUUAAUUUUAAGUAAAUCACUGACAGAAAGGAUCGGGCUUACGUUAGGUCGUGCCGGUCCUGCUAUUACUGUUACUUCGUUUACCGAUAUCGUAGCGUUUAUCAUUGGUACUACCACAAUAUUACCAUCGCUUCGAUCAUUUUGCAUUUAUGCUGCGGUGGGCAUAUCUAUGACAUAUUUAUUGCAAAUUACGUUUUUCAUUGCCUGUUUUACCUUAGACGCCAGAAGAAUAGAACAAAAACGAAAUGGAAUGUUACCAUGUAUCGUGCAUCAAAACUUUACACCCAAGUUAUCAGAUCCAAGCAAAGCAUUCUCCUGGAAAUGUAUACAUGUUUUGUACUCACGCGCAAUAUUAACUAUGCCAGGCAAAAUUAUAAUAAUAAUAAUUACGUUCGCAAUGAUGUCAAUAAGUAUCACGGGCACGCUCCAACUGAAACAGGGGUUUGAUCCAGCAUUGUUGAUACCGAAGGGAUCAUACUUGGAUCAGUACAUAAUCACAAACAAUAAAAAAUUCUCCGAUCAAGGAGUUGAAGCUUUCGUUCUUAUGGGAGACGACAUUGAUUAUUCCUCUGAAUUUUCUAAGAUAAUAUCUCUAACAGAACGCUUGAAGAAUGAAUCUUUUAUACAAAAUAUAGAACCUUGGCCGAUUAACUUCGCAAAAUUCGUGUCGACAUACUAUAACACAGAUUUAAAGACCACGAAAAUUACAGAUGACCAUUUCUAUCAUUAUCUGUCGAAAUUUCUUGUUAGCCGAACUGGUGGCAAAUAUCAGAGAAAUUUCGUUUUUAAUGAAACUUUUAUGUGUGGUAAGAUAGCUCCACGAAUCAUAGCAACAACCAUUGAAUUUAAAUUCACACGAUUUGUGAGUCCCUCCGAGUGGAUUCCAGCAAUGGAUGAUAGUAAACACUUAGUGAGCAAAGCGCAAAUUGAGGGUUACGUCACAGUGUGGAGCAAAUUUUUUGGACCCUGGACCUCCGAUAAAAUGAUCACUCAAGAAGUAUCGCGAAACCUCAUACUAGGGUUGAUCUGCGUCAUGUGUACCACAGCAAUACUCAUUGUUGAAGUGCACACCUGUUUUUGGAUUUUACUCUGUAUACUUCUCACAUUGCUAAAUGUUUGUGGCUUCAUGUAUUUCUGGGGACAACCGAUAGACAUGGUCUCCAGCAUUGGUCUUCAGCUGGCUAUCGGUUUAAGCGUGGAUUAUGCCGCGCACGUCGCGCAUGCCUUCUUGCAUACCGAGGCUCCAGAGGAUGACGAUGAUGCUCCUCGCACAACUCGAGCGUUGAUCGCAGUCAGACAUAUCGGCGCGGCAGUUGCAUACGGCGCGGGGUCGACGUUGUUCGCCGUAUCGAUGUUAGCAUUCUCGACAUCCUACGUGUUCAUAGCCUUCUUUAGAAUAUUCUUCCUGGUGAUUUUGUUUGGACUUUGGCACGGAUUGAUCAUGCUACCGGUAGUGUUAAGUAUUAUUGGGCCACCAAGUUUACGCGUAACAAAGCGACCGCAGCCAAUGUCCGUCGCUGUAGUUGACGAUGAAGAUUGAAACAGAGAUACGGAUAGUUUGUUUCAGCAACCUCGUUCUUUAUCAAUAAUAUUUAUUUUUGGUUCAAUAAACAUACAAAAUUAUUACACUAUCCGUACUAGUAAUCACACAUUUAUACAAAAAUAAUAAUUAAUAAUAAUAAUAAUACGUCGGAUAACUUAAAAACAGCAUUAUAUAUAGAUUUAUAUUUAGAUUAUAUAAAAAUUAAGAAAUAAAAAAAACAAGUACAAAAUAAUGUAGCAAGAUUGAUAUAGAUUUAUUAUCAAUUAUCAUCGAUCGGAAAGGAACAUGACUAUUAUAAACGUAACGUAAUCAUGUUUUGCUGGAUGCGUUUUAUCCUUCAUGUAUAAUUGUAAUUAAUAUUUAUGAUGUAAAAAUGAGCGGCGAGGGAGUGACCUCGGGAUUGAUUGGCGAACUCCCUCCGCUGCCUCUCUCAGUCUUGCACAGUCCAUCUGACAUUCGUCCGAUCUCUCAUUCAUUCAACCCCGUCCUCUUUGUCUCUUCUUCCAACUCGUUCCUUUUACCCCUCUCAACCCAGUCAGACGAAUCCGUGAAAUGACAGUGAGAGGGGACGGAGUACGCAUACACGGCUCGAACAAGACACACAGAGAGGCAGGGACAUAGUGGACAUACAGAUACUCGUACAUUCGCUCGCACAUCAGCGUACACCGGAAACAUUCUCGGAGGCGCGCACUCCAUACUCAAUUAUACGACGGUAGUUAGACUGCCGGGGCAGCAAGCCACGCACGAACGAUACGGUGAUUAAGUUAUUACACAUCUUCUUAGUUAAGUCGAAUUUUACAAAUCGGGAUUCGUACAUUUCAUAAUUGAUUGAGGAACCAUCGAUACAAUAAUAAUAAUCAUAAUAAUAUUUACUUAGCAAAAUGUGCCGAUCGGUAAUUGUGGCGAAUGACGCGUGAUGUGAGCACAGUUAGUCGUGUUAAAAAGAUGGGAUAUCGGGGUAUUGGAAGAAGGGAUUGAAGGAAAAAGGGAAGGGGAGAAUCGGGUUUAGGUGAUGGAGAACGACAAGGAUUCUCACAAUAGUAUACACGGCCGGGGAUAUACAGAUAUGGGAAAAAGGCGGGAUUCGAGGAUGACGGUGACCGAAGGCGGUGGACCGUGAAGAAGUCGCACGUCUGCUCACCAGGGUUUCAAGGUACACACGCACUUAGGGGGUACACCGUGGGAAAGACACUCAGGGCAGACAGACACCGACAUAGAGACUAGGCUACCGACUAUACGUUAAUAUCUAUCUAAACGUGUAAUUAGCGUACGCACCGCGUACACAUCCGGUACGCAAACAUUCUCUCUCCGCCCGUUUUUUGCGUACAAUCGGUUGCGGGAGGCGUAUCGAAGAAGCGCUCUCGCUAUGUUUCGUUUUUUCUUUUUUUUUUUUUUUUUUCUUUUUUACCUCUUUCUUCUCGGUUCUUUUCUUUAUUAUUGUUUUAUUAUAAUCAGCGAUCGCGUCGUAGUCGUGUCUCUUUUUCUUUCUCUCGUUUUUUUUUUAUAGUAAACGCUAUGUAGUCUUUAUUACUCAAGCUUAUGCCCAAAAAUCUACCAGAGGCACUUUGGGUUUAUUAGUACCAUUUGAAGUCGGCGUGCGCGGGGGAGGGUACCGCACGCCCCGUCCUCCUGCGCGGAACAGCGGGCGAACGACGAGCAUAUGUUCAUACCUCAUCCUCGAGAGAAACCAUUGGUUGUUUGAUUGACCCGUCAUUAAUCGUAUAAUUUCUCACCUUUUCUUGUGUCGCGCAAUUAUUACCCUGUCUGGCGAUGUGUCUUCGCCACCGCGUAGAUUCCACCGUCUAUCCCUUCUUCCGACAUUCUACCCCGCCCUCCCCCCCAAUUCCUCUUCCGUGAGCCUACCCCAACGAUUCCGUAUCUUUUUUUACGCUUUCUUACCUUUCCACCACGGUCUUCCGAUGUUUUUUGAGCAAUAAAUACUUUCUCCACGUACAACUGCACAUUGAAUUGACGCACAGGACACACGCACACGCGCAUACACGUCAGACAGUCAUUCGCUAUCAGCCGCACGCAUUGAAAAAACGUUACGUUAAAUGCAAGAGUUGCAAAUUCGCAAACACUCAUCGCACGAGAACAUUUAGCUUCGAAGCGUUUUAAAGCUCCUUAUUUUUUAAAAGUAUAUAUAAAAUCAGAUUAGAAUCAGGCAUAUCGUAGAUUUAUAGAUUACGAAGAGAAUAAUAAAUUGAUUUCCGGCAACUUUGUUCAUCGAGACAACGACCCUCCGGUAACGUUAGUACUCGGAAAUGAAAUUCAAAAGUGAUACAUAUGUGGCUUUUACUCGAUAUUAUGCAAUGCUUUCGGCUCUCGAUCAAACACACGCCCAUUCGCGCGGCUCACUUUCACGCACACCAAUAUGGCUACAUCCACAGAGUUAAUGUUACGCUUUUAAUUAAUGAUUAUCAAUUCAAUAUCAAUUCAAUAUCAAUGUAUUACAAUCAGACAAUACUCAACAGUGAUCGUUAUUCAUUAUAUAUUACAAUAAUUAAGAGUGACAACAAUAUGACGACGGAGGCGUUGAAGCAUUACAAGGGAGAAAGGGAGGGAGGGGGGAGAGAGAUUAAAAAUCGCAUGAAGAUGGAUCGUGGGAGGAUGAAGGAAGAACAGGAGAGUUUUGAUAGUGGACAUGUUACAACUAGUAUCAGAAAAGAGGGAGAGAAAGAGAUAGUGAUGGGCGUACGAAUAAGGCAGGAAGAGGAUGAAGUUAUCAAUGAUUAUGAAAUAGCGACGAUGACAUCGGUGAUGGAUGCACGACGAUAGGAAUGAACGAUUAAAUGGAACGAUGAGUCGCGGAGACUAAGGAGGGGAAGCACGCACACUCAACACAACCGUCACAUCGAGCUGGCCUCGCGCGUGGCCAUAGUCCAUAGAUUAAUUACCUACUAACUAGUACACAGUCUGUCUCCGUUGCGCGGAUGACUUUUUUUCCUCCUUCCUUCCUUCCUUCUCGAGCGCCGUGUAAGUAUACGUAAUACACCACGUUAAAUACGCGCGUGCGCGCGGUAUAGCGCUGCCGAGCUAUGGAGCGAGCGACAGCGCGCUUAUAAGCGUGUGAGCGAAUGAGACUUGUUUACAUCUCGUUUUGUGUGAUAAAAUUAUGGCAAAAUACUCGACGCGGAAUACCGCCCUACUGCUCGCACGCGCGCCUCCUCGGAUACUAGAUAUACGCACACGCACACACAGGCAUGCUUGCGCCAGUAUAAAGUGUAUAUAUGUACACAUAUACAUACGACAUACCAUCCAUAUAUGUAU